GAGGGAGAGCGAGCUGGCUCCCAGCCCGCCAGGCUUCCGCUGUGCAGUCUCGGGCUGUGCCCGGUCCUGGCUGGUGGCCCCCUGCCCUGCAGACACUCUAGGGGGUGAGGGCAGGGGGCAGCAUGAAGGGGGGUGAGCGCUCUUAUUCCCGAUGUCCUGCUGUGGGUUGGUUUCUUUCAAAGUGCUGUUGCUGCUGCCGGUGCCGAGAUGCUUACUCGGGCUCUUCUGGUGAAAAUGGAGGCAAGUCAGAGUCUGUGGCCAAUCUCCAACCUCAGUCUUCCCUGAACUCCAUCCAGAGCUCUCCAGGCCCCAAACGUUCCACAAACACCCUUAAGAAAUGGCUGACCAGUCCUGUGCGCCGGCUCAACAGCGGCAAAGCCGAGAGCAACAUCAAAAAGCAAAAGAAAGUACGAGACGGGCGGAAAAGUUUCGAUCUGGGAUCCCCCAAGACUGGCGAUGAAACCACCCCACAAGGGGACAGUGCUGAUGAGAAGAGCAAGAAAAGUUGGGGUGAGGAUGAGCCAGAUGAAGAGUCCCACACACCACUUCCUCCUCCGAUGAAAAUCUUCGACAAUGACCCCACACAGGAUGAAAUGUCCUCCUCUUUGCUAGCAGCCCGGCAAGGCUCUGCUGACGUACCCACUGCUGCGGACCUUGUCAGUGCAAUAGAAAAAUUGGUCAAAAGUAAACUGAGCCUAGAGGGAGGAUCUUAUCGAGGGAGCUUGAAAGACCCCACGGGUUGUCUGAAUGAAGGGAUGACUCCACCUACACCACCUCGGAAUUUGGAAGAGGAGCAAAAAGCCAAAGCCCUAAGGGGCAGGAUGUUUGUCCUUAAUGAGCUUGUUCAGACAGAAAAAGAUUAUGUUAAGGACCUGGGGAUUGUGGUGGAGGGAUUCAUGAAGAGAAUAGAAGAAAAGGGAGUCCCUGAAGAUAUGCGGGGAAAAGACAAGAUCGUGUUUGGCAACAUUCAUCAGAUUUAUGACUGGCAUAAAGAUUUUUUCCUGGCUGAACUGGAAAAAUGUAUUCAGGAACAAGAUCGGUUGGCACAACUUUUUAUCAAGCAUGAGCGGAAAUUGCACAUCUACGUGUGGUACUGCCAGAAUAAACCACGAUCAGAGUACAUAGUUGCUGAAUAUGACUCCUACUUUGAAGAAGUGAAACAAGAGAUCAGCCAGAGGCUGACACUCAGUGACUUCCUUAUUAAGCCCAUUCAGAGAAUAACCAAGUAUCAGCUGCUGCUCAAGGACUUCCUAAGGUACAGUGAGAAGGCUGGUCUGGAGUGUGCAGAUAUUGAGAAAGCAGUGGAGUUAAUGUGCCUUGUUCCAAAACGCUGCAAUGACAUGAUGAACCUUGGACGCCUACAGGGCUUUGAGGGCACCCUGACUGCCCAGGGAAAGCUGCUCCAGCAGGACACCUUCUACGUGAUUGAGCAGGAUGCUGGCAUGCAGUCCCGGACCAAGGAGAGGCGGGUGUUCCUGUUUGAGCAGAUCGUCAUCUUCAGUGAGCUUCUUCGGAAAGGGUCUCUCACCCCAGGCUACAUGUUCAAAAGAAGCAUCAAGAUGAACUACCUAGUCCUGGAGGAGAAUGUGGACAAUGACCCCUGUAAGUUUGCCCUUAUGAGCCGGGAAACAUCAGAGAGGGUUGUUCUACAGGCUGCCAAUGCAGAUAUUCAACAAGCCUGGGUGCAGGAUAUCAACCAAGUCUUGGAUACACAGCGAGAUUUCUUAAAUGCACUACAGUCACCAAUUGAGUAUCAGCGGAAAGAGAGGAGCACAGCUGUCAUGAGGACCCAGCCUCCCAGAGUGCCCCAGGCCAGCCCCAGGCCCUACUCUGCUGUCCCUGUAGGGGCUGAAAAGCCCCCAAAGGGCUCUAGCCGGAACCCAUCACUGCCACCCCUGAAGAUAUCUACCUCCAAUGGCAGUCCAGGGUUUGACUACCACCAGCCUGGGGACAAGUAUGAGCCCAGCAAGCAAGAUGACAUGGGAGGGUGCAAUGGGACCUCAUCCAUGGCAGUGAUCAAAGAUUACUACGCACUGAAGGAGAAUGAGAUCUGCGUGAGCCAGGGCGAGGUGGUCCAGGUCCUCGCCGUCAAUCAGCAGAACAUGUGUUUGGUCUACCAGCCUGCCAGCGAUCAUUCCCCUGCUGCCGAGGGCUGGGUCCCCGGCACCAUCCUGGCACCCCUCACCAAAGCCACUGCUGCAGCAGAAAAUAGCGACGGGAGCAUCAAGAAGUCAUGUUCAUGGCAUACCCUACGCAUGAGAAAGCGGGCGGAAAUGGAGAACACUGGUAAAAAUGAAGCCACAGGGCCUCGUAAAUCCAAGGAGAUUCUGGGCAGCAAAGUCUCAGUUAAAGAGAUGAACAGUUCCGAGGAGUCAGAGUGCGAUGAUCUUGACCCUAAUACUAGCAUGGAGAUCUUGAAUCCAAAUUUUAUCCAAGAAGUUGCCCCUGAGUUCCUCGUGCCCCUGAUGGAUGUGACCUGCCUACUGGGAGAUACUGUGACACUGCAGUGCAAAGUCUGUGGGAGGCCCAAGCCCAGCAUCAUUUGGAAGGGCCCUGACCAGAACAUCCUCGACAAUGACAACAGCACAGCCACCUACACGGUCUCCUCCUGUGACUCUGGUGAAAUCACUCUGAAGAUCUGCAACCUGAUGCCCCAGGACAGUGGGAUUUACACAUGUGUAGCAACCAAUGACCAUGGGACUGCAUCAACAUCAGCUACAAUCAAAGUGCAAGGUGUUCCAGCAGCACCAAAUCGUCCCAUUGCCCAAGAAAGGAGCUGUACAUCAGUGAUUCUCCGGUGGCUGCCUCCAUCCAGCACAGGGAACUGCACUAUCUCUGGUUACACUGUGGAAUACAGGGAAGAAGGUUCCCAGGUCUGGCAGCAGUCUGUGGCUUCAACUUUGGACACUUACCUAGUCAUUGAAGACCUGAGCCCAGGAUGCCCUUACCAGUUCAGAGUCAGUGCCAGCAACCCCUGGGGGAUCAGCUUACCCAGUGAGCCCUCUGAGUUCGUGAGACUCCCAGAAUAUGAUGCUGCAGCGGAUGGUGCUACCAUUUCCUGGAAGGACAAUUUUGACUUGGCUUACACAGAGCUGAAUGAAAUUGGAAGGGGUAGGUUCUCCAUUGUGAAGAAAUGCAUUCACAAAGCUACCCGAAAAGAUGUUGCUGUGAAAUUCAUUAGCAAAAAAAUGAAGAAGAAGGAACAAGCAGCCCAUGAAGCUGCCCUCCUCCAGCAUUUGCAGCAUCCUCAGUAUGUUACGCUCCACGACACAUAUGAGUCACCUACAUCUUACAUCUUGGUUUUGGAGCUGAUGGAUGAUGGCCGACUCUUGGACUAUCUUAUGAACCAUGAUGAACUCAUGGAAGAAAAAGUUGCUUUCUACAUCCGAGAUACCAUGGAAGCCUUACAGUAUCUGCAUAAUUGCAGGGUUGCUCAUUUGGAUAUCAAGCCUGAAAACCUGCUCAUUGAUUUACGGAUCCCAGUGCCUCGAGUGAAGCUCAUUGAUUUGGAGGAUGCUGUCCAGAUCUCAGGUCAUUUCCAUAUCCACCACUUGCUGGGGAACCCAGAGUUUGCUGCCCCAGAGGUGAUCCAGGGCAUCCCUGUCUCUUUAGGCACAGACAUCUGGAGCAUCGGAGUCUUGACUUAUGUCAUGUUAAGUGGUGUUUCCCCCUUUUUGGAUGAGAGCAAGGAGGAAACAUGUAUCAACGUAUGUAGAGUGGACUUCAGUUUCCCCCAUGAGUACUUCUGUGGAGUCAGCAACACAGCAAGGGAUUUCAUCAAUGUGAUGUUACAGGAAGACUUCCGGAGGAGGCCCACAGCAGCCACCUGCCUGCAACACCCCUGGUUGCAGCCACAUAAUGGCAGCUACUCCAAAAUCCCCCUGGAUACCUCACGACUGGCCUGCUUCAUAGAACGCCGGAAGCACCAAAAUGACAUUCGCCCAGUUCCCAAUGUCAAGAGCUUCAUUGUCAGUCGGAUGAACCAAGGGACAUAAGCCUGCUUUUUGCCCUUGAGGCUUGACUAAGACACACAGUGUGAGCAAAAAUGAGACACUAUUGGGCUGUAAAUAGUUCUGUGUUAAACCAUUUGACUUGCAGUUCCACAGACUGAGUGAUGUACCUCAUGCACCUUUUUUCCAGUGGUUAUUCAGUGUCCAAACAGU